AAGUUCUCCAGUCAAAUCACAUUAUGACUCAUUUCUAGCUGAUACUCAGAUACUGGGUUGUGGAGAAUGGGUUCGCUCAUCGCAUCGUCAUCACAUGGGUGAUCAAGGGCGACCAUGAAAUAUACAUGGUGUACCUUCUUGUCGCCACCGUUAACCAGAAGCUCUGAAGGAGGUGCCUUUAGGAUCACAGUGUGUGGUCGACUCUGAAGAUCCUAAAGAAUGGGCGGAAAAGAUCAAGGAGGUACGACAGAAAAAAAAAGGGAGGUGCGACUUUCAGAAUCAAGGCUUCUGCGUGAAAAGUAUUUGGAGAAGUACAGCUGGGAGGAGCUCAUAAGAAGUCUUGUGAAGAGGCUGAACAGCCUCGCAUUUGUUGGAGAACUUGGUCACCAAGAAGUUUCAUGUGGAAGGACAGCCCCUUACUCGGCCUCCUGCCGUGGAACGUACAGUGGAGGGACCAUGGUGUUGGAUCUACCGUUCCUUGGGGCAAACUAUGGUUCCAAGAAGGACCUGGUGGAGACGCCGCUUCAUCUUGCCGCCCGGCACCCAAGAGCGGAUAUGGCUAAACGUCUGUUGGACGACGGAGCGGAUGCGAAUGCACGUGACCGUUUCAAUCGCGCGCCCCUCCAUUUGGCCAUCGAAUAUGAUGCACAAGGUGUCUUCCAGCUGUUGAUACGGAAUCGUGCUACAGACCUCGAAGCCCGAAUGGACGACGGUACCACCCCGCUUAUCCUUGCAGCAAGACACGACCUUCUAAACCUGGUGCAGUGCCUCAUCAAAGCCGGAGUCAAGGUUAACAUUGCUGACAAUCAAGGGAAAACAGCCUAGCAUUGGGCUGCGUCAGUGAGCGGCCUGGAUGUCACCAAAGAGCUGUUAGAAAAUGGCGCUAAGAAAGACGUGCAAGAUGAAAAGGGUCAAACUCCGUUGUUCCUGGGUUGUCGUGAAGGCAGCGCAGAGACCGUGAGACGAUUUUAUGAACAUGACACCUGAGGAUAUCGCUGAACAAAGACAUCAUCGCGACAUUGUCAAAUUGCUAACGGAUUUGUCACUCGGCUUUAACUCUCCCAAUGCAGUUCCAGCCCCUACUUUACUCCCCGAGGGGCAAAAAUCGCCCAUGGUUAGCAUAGCAUCUCUUCUGGCAACAUCGCCACCAGCUGCCGAAAUUCCCAAUGGUAGCGGGGCAGCCAUGGAACAAAAAUUCCACGCGGCGCGUCAAAAGGCCACAUUAAGUAGAACGUCUGGAUCGAGACCCAGACCGAGAGCAACCGGAAAUAAAAAUGACAAUAAUGCAAAGAGGAAGCGCAAAAAGGCGCGGCUUGACGGGGAAGUGCACCCAUCCAUGAGUGUCGUCCCGACGCCCUCACCUUAUGGGUUCACGCGUGUUCUAAUGCCCUGCGCCGCUGGACAGCAACAGCAACAGUAACAGUCGUUUUCGCCAAAUUGUGUGCCAUUCACGAACGCGCUCUCGCCGUUAUGGAGCAUUUCUCACGGCAUAGCGCCUGCGGAUUCAACUAUGCUAUCACCACUUCAAGCUCCAAGUGGUUGGAUGCACAACCGCCUUCACCCACAGCAGGCACCUCCACCGCACUUUCAACAGGCUGCAGUUCAGGUCAUCGUUAACUCCAACAUGUAUUCCCACGCCGGCGGCAUUGGCGGAUUAGGAAAUGUCCUGUCGUUCAGGAAAGACUACCAAAAUGACGGUUAUUUGAUGCACCUACAACAAUUGCAUCAUUUGCCACAUCAGCAUGUCUCUCCGGCCGACGAAAUGCUUCCUGUACAUACACUAGUGCGGUUCAUCUUCGUCAUUAUCGUCCUUGUUCUAACCAAUUGAUUUGUGGACUCUUCGUGUUGUUUAUUAUGAUUGGGUUGUUUAAUAUCACCAUGAGAAUCGUCACAAUACAUACUACGCACAGUUAUUUUCUAGUGUAUUCAUGGUGUAUUAAUCGCUAAGCGUAUUUAUCUAUUUGUAUGAAAAAUGACAGUGAAAUUGUCGUGACAAAUUGUGGUGGGGCGUCACGCACCGCUUUUCACGAAACAUUGUGUGACAUUCCUGUUAGAGUCAGACGGACUUCACCUUUUAGGCUUCAGAUUUCCCGUGUAGUGUCACGUGACUUUUGAAACAAUCUGCGAAAGUUCCGAGUCCAGCUCGCAGCACAUGUGUGGGCAAUUUCUCUAAUAUAACUUCCCACUUUCGAGAAGCGUUUCCUCCCUCGAAAUUGAGUUCUUUCUUUUAUCAUAUAUUUGAAUGUUUAUCAAACAAGUUUUUAUUUCGCUGCCGUCGAAGUAGAUGCGCAGAAUGUUACAAGAUGCGUUGUGGUAUGGAAUAAUCGAACUAGGUCUGCGUACAGUGAUGCAUCUGAUCAGGUAUUUUCAGGGUGUUAAGUGCGUAGAUGUUCGAUAAAAUCCCUUCUGUGAGGAAAUUAGUGCCCACGAAUUUCUGUAGAACGUGAGGAAGCCUUGAUUCCCUCAAGGAAAUACGUAACUGGGUGUGGAUCUCCCCAGUUAUUAAAUGUACCAAUUUUUUUUAACCUUUAGUAACCUAAGUGGGAAAUUCCGCGAAACUCAGGUCAACCUUUAAGAUCAUAAAAAUAAAGCUGAUUUUGACACAA